CAGUGCUGCUGCUGCCGCCGCCUCACAGUGAUCAUGGCCGACAGCGCGAGUGAGAGUGACACUGAUGGAGCGGGCAGCAGCUCGGCUGCUCCUCACUGCUCCACUACUUCCUCCUCCAGCAAGCAGCAGGGUUUCGUGAUUUCCCCGUUUCGUCUGGAGGAGCUGACAAACCGCCUGGCGUCCCUGCAGCAGGAGAACAAAGUGCUAAAGAUCGAGCUGGAGACGUUCAAGCUGAAGUGUAAAGCGCUGCAGGAGGAGAACCGAGACCUGCGUAAAGCCAGCGUCACUAUCCAAGCCCGAGCUGAACAAGAAGAGGAGUUCAUCAGCAACACGCUGUUUAAGAAGAUCCAGGCUUUGCAGAAGGAGAAAGAAACUCUUGCUGUCAAUUAUGAGAAGGAAGAAGAAUUCCUGACCAAUGACCUCUCUCGCAAACUUAUGCAACUUCAACAUGAGAAAGCUGAGCUUGAGCAGCACUUGGAACAGGAGCAGGAGUUCCAGGUCAACAAACUGAUGAAGAAGAUCAAGAAGCUAGAGAAUGACACCAUCUCCAAGCAGCUCACCUUGGAGCAGCUCAGACGAGAGAAGAUCGACUUGGAGAACACGUUGGAGCAGGAGCAGGAGGCACUGGUCAACCGGCUGUGGAAGCGCAUGGACAAACUGGAAGCUGAGAAGAGGAUUCUUCAGGAGAAGCUGGACCAGCCGGUCUCCGCUCCUCCGUCCCCCAGGGACAUCUCCAUGGAGAUUGACUCCCCGGAGAACAUGAUGAGACACAUCCGUGUCCUGAAGAGCGAGGUGGAGAGGCUGAAGAAGAACCUGCUUACUGCUGAGCUCCAGCACACAGAGAAGCGAGCUCAGUACAUCGAGGAGGAGCGGAUCAUGAGGGAGGAGAACAUACGGCUGCAGAGGAAGCUGCAGCGGGAGGUGGAGCGGCGCGAGGCUUUGUGCAGGCAGCUUUCUGAAAGCGAGUCCAGCCUGGAGAUGGAUGACGAGAGGUACUUUAACGAAAUGUCAGCCCAAGGCCUUCGCCCUCGCACUGUGUCCAGUCCGAUCCCUUACACACCCUCCCCGAGCUCUAGCAGACCCAUAUCACCAGGUCUCUCAUACACCAGUCACACGGUGGGCUUUACCCCUCCAGCCACUCUGACCCGCGCAGGCAUGUCUUACUACAACACACCAGGCCUACACGUGCACGUGGGAGCCUCACACGGCGUUGCGAGGCCGUCUCCAAGAAGAAGCAACAGUCCAGAUAAAUUCAAGCGCCCAACACCACCUCCUUCACCUAACACGCAAGCUGGAUCUCAGCCUGGACCCCCGCCUCCUCCUCCACCUCCUGCAGCACCAGCGCAGCAGCAGCCAUAAUGCAUGAGCUCAGCGUGGACUCAGACCAGAGUUACUGUAUUCCCGCCAAGCCAAAGGCUUAUCUAUCCUAUGUACAUGGAGUCAGCAUCUUCCUCUUGCACUGAGAUUCAAAUAGGCUUCACUGUUAUCUGUCUGUGUAUUUUUUUUAGGUGUCUCCCUUAUUUGGUUUACAAUGCAGUUCAGUGGUCUUGUAGCAUUGAUUGCAACACUAAACCUGCUAGGGUUUUUUUUUUUUUGCAUAUAAAUGAGUCUUCUAACAGUAACACACUAGACACGUGCUGCAGAAAGCUGAUUUUAUAGGUGGCAGAUGGAUUGCUGGGAAAGUGCUGCUAAUGGCUUUUAAUGGAUGCAGAAGUGCAACCAUACACUCUGUUAAAUGACCAAUUAGCCAGAGGAGCAAAGACACUCUGUUCAGAUUGAGCUUAUUGGCAAAAUUUGCUCAUGGGGCAAUAGAUGUUAUUUUGAUCAAAAACAAAACUGGGCUCACAAAAGGGAGAUGAAUUGGUUUCUAUACAAAAGAUUGAUUUAUAUCUCUCUUUUUUUUUUUUGUUUUGUUUGCUAAAAGUGUGAAAGCGUUAAUGCAAAAGUAGAAAAAACGCUUUACUCUAUAUGCUGCUGUUGGUAUAUUGCAGUUUGCUUCUGAUUACACCAGUUUAUUCUUUCUUAAUGUGUUCGAAUGAAACGCCUCAGACCAGGCAGAAGGUGUGUACGUUGUUCUCGUAGUCAGUUCAUCUCCAGCCACAUCUCACCCUGAACAGUGUCUGUAAAUGGUACCACUGUGACCCAGAUUGUGAGAGGACCCCCCCCCCCACACACACACACACACACACACUCCCCCAUAAUGUGUUCACAGAGACGUGGAUUUUUUUCUUUUUUUUUUUUUUAAUAUGGGAAGAAUUAUGCUACACCUACAAAGUCUGUCACAAAGAGAACAUGUAAAUAGUCAGAUUUCCUUUUUGUAAGCUUUGCAAAAAACCAGGACAGAAAUCAAUCAUCAUUUUUGAACCAUUUGAAAAUUUCCCCCAUGAUUAGUAUGUAUCUGCGAUCACGUCUUCGACCUUCUCGCCCAUGGUGACCCUGGUCUUAUUCGAUUAUACGGUCUGUUCCACCAAACCAAAUAGCAUUGAGUUGGUGCAGCUAAAAAAUAAAUAGGCAGAAGAAGAAAACACAGAGCACUUACUAUCUUGUGAAGAACGCUAUUUUAUUGCAGAAUUACAGCAGAUCAAAAUGAGAGAUGUGAUGGAGUUACUGGUACUAAGCAGUUCCUUUGUGGUUAAGACACAGAUGUUUAGGUGAAGACACUAAAGAGCGUCGCGACACCAACACGACCUCCACUGCUGUGUUUGUUGUAUAACACCAGCGUGGUGUUCAGAGGAACUGUCUCAAAACAAACCGUGUUUGCAGUCUCCCUCCUUAUAAGCAAUUCCUUAAGAGACCCUGAAAAUCUACAAGGAUUUUUCUUUUGUUUACCUUUUUAUCAUUCCAAUGUAAAUAAUUGUUUUGUUGUGUAAAGGAAAAAAAUAGAAAUACUUUGUUUUACCAUGAGGUGUUUGCGAGGACAUUUCAAAUUUGUGUUCACAUUUUACUAGAAUGUAAGAUUUUGCUUAUUUUUGUUGCCCUUGUCAUUUUUCUUUUUAAGACUGUUGACAAAUGAAUGUAACAUUUGCUCAUGUUUUACUGCUAUCUUCAGUGGAUGGAACACCUUUGAGCCUUAACUCACUGUGGUAUUGCUAAAUGUAAGCAUUAUCUAGCUUAUCCCCACAUCAAAUAAUUAAAGCCUUAAUAAUGUG